GCCACGCGCGAGCGGGCGCCAUGACAACGGCGCAACAUUGGCGUUCGAUUGGCGGCCGUUUGCAUCCAUUGUGGGUCCGGGUCUCCGCGUCCGGAAACUGCAACUUGAUAAGUUGAAUACGUUUCUUAGCGGGGAGAAAUGCCGAAUAAAGUUCUGAAAUUAACGGUGCAUCUGAAAAUCCAGGCGGUUUCAUGUCCUGGGGUAUAUCUACCGGAAAAGGAUGAUGUCUACGUUAGUGUAUGCAUGUUGGGAAAGUUCCAGAAAACCAAAUUUCUCCCGUCUGUCUUUCCAUUGACCUUCAAUCACAAAAUGAAGUUUGAAAAGAACUUUCCAGAAGCUAUGAAUCCCGGGGAUGUUGCAGACUUGCUGGAAAUGGACACAACUAAAUUUGAAUUGAUACAACUGACUCCACCAGUGGGUGAAACACUGUCCAUCUAUGAGCAGAAUACCAGGGAGUUUCUUUAUCCGGGUCGCAAGCUAACACCGAGCUAUCCUGGCAUGGACAGAGAGCUGUUAAUGAAGAGAUCAAUUGAUUUUCCUGGUAUAGCACCCCGACUGGAAUUUUCAACAACUUCAAUUAUCAAAGAAUGCCCUCUCAACUCGAUACACAUUGAAUAUGAGGAGGAUAAUAUGAAGUUGGAACCAGAGACCUCUCCAGUCAGGCAAUCCAUGACAAAAUCAUCUAAGAGAAAAACGUGCCGUGCUGAAUGCCCAAGAAAAUUCAGCAAAUAUAACCGCUACAAAGAACCCACAAUAGCUUCUAGGACACGAUCUCCAUCACCAUAUACUAAACGACGAAUGGCAGCACUCUCAGAGGAUGCGAAUCAGAGACUUGCACACUUAAAUCUGGGACCUUAUCAAUUUAAAAAGGAAACGGAUAGCACACCUCCAUUUGUAAUAAGACACUUUGAUCAUAAGUUGUUGCCCACUGAUGAUUUGUGCAUAACUACAUCGCUUUCUUCUAAACCAAGUUUUCAAAAGAAUUGGCCUCUGGGUUCAUCAUUUGGUGAUGAUCCAUCACUAUGCGGAAGCUACAGACCCAACAAGACUUCAGUAAAUGCCAUCAAAAAGCCUCGUGAGAAAGAUCAAGAUGAUUUUUAUGGAGAAACUGAUGCGCAUAUUAUGUCACGACCAGUUGGCAGACAACCCUCUCCUGCCACAGUAAUGAACUGUUUAACAUCGUCCUAUUUCCAGAAACAAAGCCCUGUUUUAAAGCGAUUAUCUCUUCGAGAGAGAUUUUAUUCAGAGCCAUCUACACCAACAAAAGGGGAGGACAUCCAUCAACGAGUAAUGAAUGUUUUGAAGACAAACAGUGCAAGGCAAAGGCUGACAUUUAAUUCUACUGAUGACAUAGAUUAUCAUUCAGGCAGAAGAUCUGUCUCGUCUAUGGAUUCAAUGUAUGAUACAACAGAUCAUCUCAGUUCAGCACUCCAGCAUGACACGUCUGUACAUCUGGGUGAUGGCGAUUAUUGGUCAAAUCGGGCUGCUGUUUAUAAAAGAAAGUCUCACAGGGCAAUUUUUGAAGAAAGCCUGGAAAGGAUCUAUAGAAAUAUGUACAAGAAAGCUGCAGAUAAAUCAUAAAAAUUACAUAGACCAGUAUAUGUAAAACUAUUAUUGUGUUCAUAACAGAUAUGGUGCUUUUUCCAAAACUGUGUCUGUCCAUCAGAAUUGAUAAAUGGUGAUCAAUAAUUACUUGUAUUAUUAGCAUGUGUUAAUACGUAGCAAGAAUUAAUGGUUAAUAAUAUUUGUGAUUUGUGAGUUUUUAAUAACAAAAAUGAAACUAUCUGUGAAUGCCCAAUUAAUUCUAUAUUCUACAUUACAACAUGUGUUAGGCAUGAUAUAAUUCAAUUUAAUUGAUUUAACAGGAUAAUUAAAAUUACAACAAAACCAUUAAUUUUGUCCCAAAUGCACAGGAGAUGAAAAUAUAUUUGAAAAAAUAUUGUUUUUAUAUUGUGGCUUCCUACUUGUAAGAGUUUGAGAAUGAUAUUUAAUAACAAAGAUGGUUGAAAUACUCAUGGCUUGAUAGAGCAAUACUAAGUAAAUGCAUGGAUCAAAUAAAGUAUAAUAGAAAAAAGUUUUAAACAAAAAUAAUUGCCACUCAAAGGUACAGUUCUUCACAUUGAUUAACUAUGUUAAGUGAAAGGUGGACUUUAAAAGACAGCAGUAUGCAAUUAUGGAUAUUGAUUUCCAGGAAGUACAAUUAUAAUCAAAAAAUCUUAUUUUGUUCCAAUUACCAAAUAUUAUGCUGUAGCGGGGACUCACAGGAGCCAAGAAUUAGUCGAACACAAAGUUGUGAGAAUGAAAUGUAUUUUAUUACUACUACCAUGCCACAUGACCCCCCCAGAACCAGAGGCACCGAAACGGACAAGACGCCGAACGAGGCAGCCUGAGCGUGUAAACACGUCCACCCGAACAGAGUCCUUGACCAGCCCGGAAGAACAUACAGGAACCCGCGACGGCGGGCGCCCGUGACGAGGAGGCUGGGUCACUUGAACCAGCUCGCUCAGGUCCAAAUGGGCCGGCUUAAGGUGCUCUUACCGGCCCGCAUGUCCGCUCCGGAAGGAGGCAAAACGCUAACCUCCACUCCAGUGUCCAACAGGAACCUACGCCCCGAGCGCUGGUCCCAGGAAUACAAAGGAUGAAUUUCGCCGACCACCGCGGUGACUACCGGCGGCCGGCUCCGGAGUUUCCCAGGAACGCACACGGCUGGUAGCAUUGGCGGGCCAUUGCCCACCAGCAUAGGUGGUAAGAGCACCACAUCUUUUUCCAUGGCUCCUGUGCCACUUGCCUGGUCUGCGGCUCCGUGGAGCCUCUUGUGGGCGUGGUCCUAGGAUGCUGUGCCUUCCAGGGUGCUGAAUUGAUCCGGUCCAGGGUUUCCAGCACACCCACUUCCUGCUGGUCGGCCCGCCACAGCUCGUCGGCGCACGCCACUAGCCUCAGAGGAUCUUUGAUGCUCUCCCCGAAGAGCUGCCUGUGGAUUUUGCGCCGCAACUGGUGUAAGUAGGUGUACUCGAACAGGAGGUAGGGCCGGUGGUCGCCCAUGAGCGCGAGCAUCUCGUUCAUGAGGACCGAGGGUUUCCGGUCGCCGAGCCCGCCCAUGUUGAGAACCUGCGCCGCUCACUCCAUGCGGCUCGGCCCGAAGAUCCGGAGCAGCAGCUCCUUGAGGCCUGCGUACUUCCCCGCCGCUGGGGGAUUAUCCAUGAAUGGCACGACCCGACCGGCCGUUUCCUGGUCGAGAGCGCUUACAGCGUAAUGGUAACGGGUCUCGUCAACCAUUAUGCCGCGAACGUGGAACUGCGACUUAACCUGACGGAACCAUACCCGAAGCGGGCAAUCCAAUUUGCCAGAAGGGCUCGAACGCACGACUGGGCGGAAGUGUCCACGAGUGGGAUGGCCUCCAGCCACCAUGUAAAACGAUUACCACCGUCAGUAGAUGCGACACACCCCGGGAAAGCGGCAGCGGUCCCACUAUGUCCAUGUGUAUGUACGUGGUCGAACCGCCGGUGUGGCACCGAGAAAUCCUGUAUCCAUGCCUGGAUCUGCCGAUGUAUCUUGGAUGACUGGCACGGGAUGCAUGCCCGUGACCAGCGACCGACCUGCUUCCGCACACCAUGCCAGAUGCAUCUUGCCGCCACCAUGGCAAACGUGGCCCAGAUCGACGGGUGCGCCAGACUGUGGAUCACCUCGAAAACACGACGGCUCCAGGCCGCCGGGACAACCGGCCGUGGCUAUCCCGUGGAGACGUCGCAUAAUAUAAAAGCAUCCGAGGGACCCAACGGCAUAUCCUCCAGCACCAUUCCGGUGAUCGCGAUGCGGUAAGCUGGUAUUUCCUCGUCCGUCAGCUGCUCCGCCGCCAAGGCGGUGUAGUCUAUCCUGACGGCCGGGCUGAGCACGACUGCGAUCACCGGGCGGGACAAGGCAUCCGCCACCAGGUUGCAUUUACCGGCGAUGAUGUAUUCGGAUAUGGCUGUCUGCUGGUGCUGCUUGCAAGCGGACCAAGGAUCCGAGACCUUUGCAGAUGCGAAUGUGAGGGGCUUAUGAUCUGUGAAGGCCACGAAGUGCUGGCCCUCCAAGAAGUACCAGAAAUGUCGCACAGCGAGAUGCAAGGCGAGCAACUCCCGGUCAAAGGCACUGUAGCGACACCCCGCUGGGUUCAGCUGUCUGCUGAAGAAGGCUAGAGGCUACCAUUGACCGUCGAAGCACUGCUCCAGUACCACGCUGACCGCAGAGUCCGAGGCAUUCACGGUAAGAGCUGUGGGGACGUCUGUUCGCGGGUGCACCAGCAUGACUGCCCAAGCCAGGGCAUCAUUUGCCCCUUUGAACGCUGCCACGGUGACCACGUCCCAAUGGACCUCCCACCGCUUGCCAGACAGCAGUUGGAACAGCGGCCGCAUGAUCUUAGCCGCCGCCGGAAUGAACCGAUGAUAGAAAGUCACCAUGCCUAUGAACUCCUGAAGUCCUCGCACCGUGGAAGGCUGUGGGAACUGGCGCAUGGCCUCGACUCUGUCCGGCAGAGGCACUUCUCCGUGCCGGGUCUCGUGGUGCCCUAGAAAGUCAAUGGCCCGGAAGCUGAACUGACACUUGCUGGGGUUGACCAUGAGGCCAUGCUCGCUAAGGUGCUGGCACAACAAACGAAGGUGGACGCAGUGCUCCUGCCACAUGCGAAUAGCCACCAGGAUGUAGUCCAAGUAAUUAAAGAUGAAAUCCAAUCCCCGACCCACUGUGUCCAUGAGGCGCUGGAAAGCCUGCGCGCCGUUCUUGAGGCCGAAAGGCAUCCGCAGGAAUUCAAACAACCCAAACGGGGUGAUGACCGCAGUUUUAGGGACAUCCUCCGAUCGCACGGGGAUUUGGUGGUACCCGUGGACUAAGUCGAUCUUCGAGAAAAACUUAGUCCCGGCCAGAUGGUUUGUAAAGUCCUGAAUGUGGGGAAUCGGAUACCUGUCGGCAGUCGCAUCCUCAUUAAGGCAGCGAUAGUCCCCACGAGGCCGCCAGCCCCCAGAAGCCUUCGGCACCAUGUGAAGCGGGGAGUCCCAUUUUUCCCGGAUUACAAUCCUGGUCGUCGGGGUCACCAGUGUAGUGGGGACUCACAGGAGUCCAGCCAAGAAUUAGUCGAACACAAAGUUCUGAGAACGAAAUGUAUUUUAUUACUACUACCGUGCUGCUCCCUACUCCAACCACGUGCACGGAUGUUACACGACCUUAAAUACCCAGGGCCAUGGUUAGCCACCAGGUGCCGCCACAAUGUAUUAAUAUUUGUCAUUUUAUAAUUCCCUGUAAGAUAUACAUACUUGUUAUUAGCAUUUUCAAUUUAUGGAGUUUGUUUUGCUUUGACCCAGGUUUUAAAGUUGAUGUAACAUCAUUGGCACCUGUAAUUACCACUGUUUCACUGUGAAACUGACAACAAUUUCAAAUUUCCACAUGUACGGUUUAAUGUGGGCGUGGGUGAUUUAGAUUCCACCGACUUAACCAGUUUUGCAUUUAUUUUAUAAAGUCAGUUAAUUACGUUAGUGGCACUAUAAAAUGCUAAAAAAUGUAAUAUUAUGAGAUCUAAGUUAAAUGGCUGACAUCAUUAUUAGCAAUCAAUAAACUUACUGGGCCUAAAAUAUACUAAUUUUACGUAUAUGGAUUGUAAUUUCCAUACCUAAAUAUUUAAAAAUAUAAUGCCAUAGAAUUUAUUUUUCAUGGCGUUUGUUUGUGAUAUUUAAUCUUAUACUAUAAUUUUUUUUAUGCGUGUAACAUAUUUAAAAUAUUUGUUUAAAAUUAUGUAAAUUUCCAAUUCAUGCAUGUUGUCUCCGAAAAUUCUUUUGUUGGCUGCUCAGGCAUCUUGAUAAAUUGCAGCAACUCAUUGCCAGAAACCUUAUUUAACUGAGACUUGAUGGCAAAUAAGGAAAAAGGAAAGCCUGCAAUCCCAAGAUUGCUGAAUCUUUGUGUGUUGUGUGUGGAUUUCUUUUUUGGCAACAGCAAGCUGUGUCACUUAGCUGCUGCUCACAUAAUUAAAGGCUUCAUAAUUUCAUCA